UCUGUGUUCACCAUGUUCCGAUCUGUUUUAUAAUUGAACUAAAUCGCCGGUAGCCGUUACUGUUUUCAUUUGUUUACAUUGAAUUUUGUGUACCCCUCGGGAGCUUUAAAUUAUAACAGUGGUAUAUAAUUUUUGAGGGAGAUUUUGAUGCUCUUCAUAAGAAUUCCAUCGGUCUUAUUAAUGACCAACUAGCUGUAUUUCAUUUUUCUGAAACUUUCCUUUUUGCACAUAGUUGUCAUUGGUUGUCCUUGUUAUAAGUUAGUUGCAAAGUUGACUUUUUUGCUUUGUCAUCAUUUUGCAUUGGUUGACACAAAGAGGUGACAAUUUUGUGUACUUUGUGAAACAUUGGAAAUGAUUACUAAUCAUGCAUAGUUGUCACUUUUUACUUGAAUGUAGUGCUCAUGGAUACAAAAAUUGUCUCAGAUUAACUGCUAAAGUACGAUACAAAUGCAGAAAUACACACAGAAAUGUAUCAUGAAGACGGUAUACACCCACUCCAUUCCAGAGAUGAAUGCUAAUACAUCUACAUUGUCAAGCUUAAAAUGGGGGAACCCAAUGACAAGAAUUGAUUCAUCUGGCCAUAGUCUCCUCUACUAACUAUGAUCUGGCAAACAUGGUUGAGGGCUAGAUGAAGUGAAGACAAAUUUCUAAGAUACUCUGUCAUUGAUAUAUUCAUUUGAAUGCCAUGAAGAUAUUUAACCGUAUAGACAGAUUUGGCAAACAUGGUUACAUCCUGGUUGCUACCUAAUUCAGAUCAUGUGAUGACUCAUUUUGGGAGGUAUUGUGCAAUUUGUCACGUGCAACUGAUUACAAACAGAACAAUAUUGUAAGCCCCCCUUCCCUAAAUUAUUUGAAUCAUCACAUGACCUGAAUUGGGUCAAGGUAGCAAAACUUUUUCCUCCUGCACCUCCAUUUCCUUUUCGCUCUUUCUACCCCCAGCCCCCUCCCCCCACAAUCGCCCGUCUCACCUUGCCAACUCUGCAACGAGAAGCUGCAGCUGCAUGUCCUUCUUAGCCGGCAGGGCCUGGGUAGUCUGGGUACAAAGAAAAGGUUGCCUUUUACAUGGUUCAUAGAGGGAAAUGGUUACGAAGCCCGGCAAACAUUAAAGGGACAAACAAAGAGCCCAAGAUUUGUGUUGGAAGGUCCAUGACUGUGCACAAUCUUUUGUUUUGCACUCAUACACUAUGCAUGAAUUAUGUAACCAAAAUGCUUCUAUUGGUCAGUUUCUCAGUCAGAAGUAAACAACUAUAGUGUUUUGCACAGGGUCAAGGUAAAAAAAGUGAACAAAAACAUACAACAAAGAACUUUGUUGGAUUCAACGAUCAACUAGCUGUAGUCAAACUGUUUUUGUGAAACAUCGACCAGUGGAUGGUUUUAGGAAGGAAACCAGCGUUGAAUUAGUGAAAAUCUGAGUCUAAGAAGCUAGCCAAUCAAAGCAUGUGCUUUCUUCAUCGUGCCGAGGCCCCGCCGGCUAAGAGCAGGUGGAGUGUAUACGAUACUGCAGAAGUUUUAUCCAGCGGUAUAUUUGAAAAGAUACAAACUUCACAAAAUGAAAGUUGCUGGGGAUGGGUUUGUGUGGAGAUGUUUUCGCCAAUUUCGUCGUCAAAAUUUAUUAGAAAACCGAGGAAAAAGAAAACGAACUCCAUGAUUAUCAGUUUGCAUGCGAUUUUUUUCAUCAUUUGAGAGUUUUGGGAGUCGUACUUUGGUGCGUUGGAAAACAUGGCCUUGAAACAGGAAUCUUCUUCCUACACUUACAAGAGGAAGGCUUAUGUUGGAAAAAUGAAGAGACAGGCAAAUCAGAAUCAAGGCAUCAUGGCUCAAAUGAUGUACUACAUAUCAGAGGCACGGCUCCGUGGUAAAAUCAGGAGGAUUACAGAUGCUUUAGAAGAAGAUCCUGUCGAUGUACAAACACUGAAAGAACUAUCAAUAACAGGUGAUGGCCUCAUCACUGUAGACUUGAGAUGUAAGGUCUGGACUAAGUUACUGAAUGUCAAUGCAUUUGAUGUUUCAAGAAAUCAGGAGAAAAAGAAAGACAAUUCUGAGUCAAAACAGUUUCAUGCACACAAGUAUUGGAAACAAGUUAACUUGGAUGUUGAUCGAUCACGCAGAAGGUUUCCAGCUGAAAUGAGAGCAAAAAGACGUCAUGCACUUCAAGAACAACUUGUCAGAGUCAUCAUGAGGGUGUUAUGCAGACAUCAGGAUCUCCACUAUUAUCAGGGCUACCAUGAUGUCGCAGUCACUCUGUUGCUUGUUGUUGGGGAGGAUCUAGCCACAGCUCUUCUUGAACAACUUUCUCUUCAUCAGCUUAGGGAUUUCAUGGAAGGUACAAUGGAGAAGACCAAUGAAAUGCUAGCAUUUCUACAUCCCAUUAUUGAGGAAGCUGACCCAGAAUUAGAAGAUUUUCUUAUUAGAUCAGAAGUAGGCCAAGUGUUUGCCCUUAGCUGGCUGAUCACAUGGUAUGGUCACGUGUUGAAGGACUUUACCACUAUUGUUCGUUUGUAUGAUUUCUUCCUGGCCACUCAUCCUCUUAUGCCAGUUUACUUUGGCGCUGCUCUUGUUAUUCGGCGUCGUUCUGAGGUGCUGAAUGGCGAAUGUGAAAUGAGCUAUGUGCAUCAUCUGCUCUCUCGUAUUCCUGAUGAUCUCCCUGAUUACGUGGAGGAAGUCAUCGCCACAGCACACUCGCUCUUCUGUAAAUAUCCUCCUGAAAAACUAGCUGGAGCUGUUGAACGUUCCCUUAAAGAAAGCAUGGCCGUAGCUAAGCACAAACAGUUCUUACGAGACUUAGAAGAUCAAAGACCCGACUCGGUUUUAAGACAACGAAGAAAGCAGCUGGCGCUUUACAAAAACAAUGAGCUUGAAGUCUCACCGAACUUUCAAUCACCGAAUCAGACAAAUGUUUACAUGAAGUUUGCCGUAUGGACAUUAACGGCUUCUGUGGGUACCGUGGCACUGUACGUGCUGAGUUCUGCAAAGCGGUGGAUAUGAUAAGAGUUACCUUCUUGAUAGAGGAUGACUCAAUCCUCGAGAAUCCUCGCGUGAUACAAAUGCGAGUAUCGUGGUCACGCCAAGCGAGACACGCAGUCCUCGCAUUGACGUGCAUUAGAAAAUUCCAAGCAAAUAUCAUCGAUCUUUGAACCCUUUAUGUGGUUUAAGUCGUCCGAUCUUUUUUCAAGUAAAAUUACAUUUGGAAACAUAAUACAGCUUGGGAAACAGCCGGUAGCAAGACUUUUCGCGUUCGCGCAGAAAUCUGAUAACGAUAAAAUCAGAAGGGUGAUAUUUUUCCCCGUCUCCUCAAUACGUUCCCUAUAUGAAGUCGUUCUCCGAUUAGAACAACUAACUUAUCUUACUACUGAUCGGAUUUUUCGAGUUUGUGGUCAGCCAGAACGUUAGUCCUGCAGAUUGCAUGAGGUAAUUGUCACUUGCACAUAACUAACGGUGGUCGCAUGCUCCAGUUAACUCAAAAACUCAAAAAAACGAAUAACGUCCGUCGGAUAUAAAUAA